AUGUCCAAAUAUGUAAAAUACAAGGUCUUUUUGAUCGGUCCCACUUUUGUAAAACCACCCACGUGGGACCGAGUGAGACUUAUUAGUACAGGGUACUUUUCCAAGAUUGGCAACUUUUCGAGUGGUAGACUACAAAACCUCUGGUUGCAACUUACUAGAGGAAAAUUCAUCAAACUGGGUUCCCAGGUUUCGACGAGCGGAGGUGCGCUGCAAUCCGGCGAAAGGAGGGAUAGUGAUAGUCAAAAGUGUAAAUCACCUGUACGUGAGCGAUCUGGCUCAAGAAACGAUGUUCAACCAUCAUUCGCUGGCCUUUACAGCCAUAGCAAUUCCUCUACUUCAAGUCUCGGUAAAAAGAAAAUCAAGGCCGACAGGAUUGUUGAGAUUGGUAAACCUACAGGUUUUGAACAUGGAAUCCAUGUAGAAUAUAAUAACGAAAGUGGCAAAUAUUUGGGUCUACCUGAUGUUUGGGUAAAUGAUAUAGUACAGAGUGAUGAGGUUCUAAAUACAAAGUACCUAAAUCCUAAUCUUGUUCCAAGCCCAAGUACUCCCGACCAAACUGAGGUUACGGGAAAGAAAAUUGGCCAUCCUUUUAAUGUUAAACAUCAGGUUCAUGUUGUUGUGAAUGAAUCUGGAAUUGUGGGUCUUCCUACUAAUUGGGAAGGUGAUCCUAGACUUAGGCAUCUACAUGAACAACGUACACUACUAUCAAAUCAGACAUUAGUUCAUCAACGUUCGAUAUCUCUGGACUCUCAAGCUGUUAGGCCAAAUGAUAAUAGAACUCCUACAAUGUCAAAUACAUUACCUCCUCCUCCGAGAAAAUUAUCAAGUCCAUCCCCAUCUUUUUAUAAUCAAACCAAUUAUUCGCCUGAUAUACCUAAUGAUUCAAAACCUUUUCAAAUAUCUACCAAUCGAAAAAAUUCAGAUGGGUCUCAAAAGUCUGAUAAUGGUUCUAUAAAAUCUUAUCCUAUUUAUCCGUCAAAUAGAGACAAUAGCACGUCUCUCAUGUCAAAGGCGAAUCCAUCCCAGGAAUCAAUCACUUCUAUUUCUACAAGAAAUUCUGCCGCAUCUAUUCCUCCAAAAACCCCUCCAAAAACCCCUCCGAAAACUCCUCCAAGAAUUCCACCAAAGUAUACUCAAAAAAUUCCACCAAAAAAGGUAUUAAAUAUAAUACCAGUAGGAAACCAAAUGCAAAUGCCUAAACCACCACCAAGAGAUUCAACACGUAUUACUUCACCUUUAUUUAAAGCACAACCCUCUUCACCGUUACCUCCAACUCCUCCACCAAGAACAGAAAGAGCUUCAUCAUCCAUGCAACGAAAAAUUCUAAACGGUAAUCAAUAUAAUAGCGACAGUGACAACAUUGAUAUCCCCUAUAAGCCAUCAUCACCAUCAUCACCUUCGUCUCUUACUGUAACAAAUGUAUCACCUUCACUUAAAAAAAAACUAUCAGCUCCUCAGAUUUAUACUUCUGUAAAUUCAGAUGAACCACUUAUAGAUAUUUCUACGCUACGCUAUCUAUUUGAAAAACCUAAGUCGCCUGCGCUGCCUCCACCUAGGCAUACCCAAAAAGUGGUAUCAUCACAUCCAAGCAGAGAAAAUAUUAAUCGGCCUAAUAGUUAUAAAUUGGAAAAUAUAAUAGAACCAACUUCUGAAGUAAAGAAUUCACCGGCUUCAAAUACUCCCAGGAAAUUUUCGGAUACUUCACGAGAAUAUGUAAACAAUAACAACAUUACACGCGCACAAAAAGCUUCUAGUGAGAUAGUACCUAAGCAAAUUGUUCAUGCAUCAUUGGCAAAUCUAAAUAAUUCGAAUGCCACUUCUCAAAAAGUAAAUAUAAUUUCUACUCUAAAACAAAAAAAUCAGGACAAUAACAAAGUAACUGUUAAUGAUACUCAAGAAAAUUCGAAAAAUGACAAAGUAACAGUAAAUAAUAUUCAAGAAGAUAUUAAAGUAACAGUAAAUAAUAUUCAAGAAGAUUACUUUAAUAUUAAAGUAAUAUCGAUUAAUGCUCAAAAUGAUUCGCAUGCCAUAUCACACGUUGCAUCUGAUACCACACCAUCAACAGAAUCUAUAAGUUCUUGCUCAAAACAGAAAUGCUCUGAUGAUACGUUAUCUACAGAAAAAGAUUCAAGUUCAUCGUUAUCAGAAAAUUUGAACAAUGACUCUUAUGAUUCUAAAACAGCAGCCGCAUCGGUCGUUAUUUUAGAAAGUAUACCUGAAAUUUCCAACAUAACUUCUGAAUGCCCCUUGGAAACAACAGACAAUACUUUUAUUCAUCAAGAACAAGAAUUACACCCAAAAGAUAGAAAAAUAAUAAAUCGAAUAUCUUUGCCUACAUAUCUUCCGUCUUUAAUUAAUAAUUCAUUAAUAUCAACAACAUCGAUGACAAAAUUAUCACGAUUUUCCGAAAAUUUAUCCAUAUCGGACAUCCAGAAAUCAUUAAAUACAUCAAAAGAUAUGCAAACGGAUUUAGAAAUACCUUGCUCAAAUCCAGAAGAAUUACCACAAGAAGUUCGGCAUUUAGCCGAAUUAUUUAAUAUGUAUGAUCCAAAUAAAAUAUAUGAAAACUUGAUUCCGAUCGCUGAAGGUGAAUCUGGCUAUAUGCAUUCAGCAAAUAAAAAAUCUUCACAGAUACCGGUUGCUAUCAAAAUAAUUCCUUUUUCAAGUGUUGACAAAUUAAAAAUAAUAAAAAAUGAGUUGACUAUCAUGAAAACAAGUAAACACCCUAAUAUUGUUGAAUAUAUAGGGUGUCACUGUAUAUCAGAUUCUAUAUGGGUGGUUAUGGAAUUUAUGGAGGUUUCUUUGGCCGAUCUCAUUGCAAUGUAUCCGGAUGAACCACGAAUGCAGAUGAACGAACUUCAAAUAGCACUUGUUACUCGAGAGAUUUUGAAAGCUUUAGCACAUCUUCAUAGUCUACGGCGUAUACAUAGAGACGUUCGUAGCGAUAAUGUCUUAUUAAACGUUCGGGGAGAUAUUAAACUGACUGAUUUUGGGCAUGCUGUACAGUUGACCGAUACGGAAUCCCAUCGAAAAUCAUUUGUAGGAACCCCCUAUUGGAUGGCUCCUGAAGUUAUAAAAACCUUACCUUAUGACACAAAGGCGGAUAUGUGGAGUCUUGGUGUUCUAUUAAUUGAAAUGGCAGAGGGAGCUCCUCCGUAUAUGGAUAUUCCAGCUUUGAAGGCUAUAUCUGUGAUAGCCCAAAAAGGUCUUCCUGGCUUGAACAAUCCAGAACGAUGGUCAGAUGCAUUCAAAAGUUUUAUUGCAAGUUGUACCGAAGCAGAUGUUGACAAGAGAAAAACUGCAGAAGAAAUGCUUUCUCAUCCUUUUCUCGAACAUGUCUCUACUUCAAAUGAUUUUCAACAAAUCAUAAAGGAAUAUCAACAAUUAGAAGCAGAGAAAGAAGAAUCAGACGAGCAAUUCAUUGAUCCGAGUGAAUAUCCAAAUAUGGAAGAUGGUGAUGAUAAUUAUGCUGACCAUAAUAUUGAAUGUAAUAAUUUACAAGGCACUAAUGUUACAUGA